AUGGGCUUUACUGGCAGACGCUGUGUCAUGGAUGGAAAUGGAGAUUGGUCGUCCAAGAAAAUCAGAAAACACAGAAGUCAGUCGCCUUGUCGCGAUGUGUCACCUGUGCCAUCACAUUUCUCAGAACCGGUGUCACUCUUGCAGCGACGGGAUGUAAUUGCCAGCCUUCCACGCUUACCUGGUGUCAGGGAACCAAUCAGGGAUGAAGAUGACGAUGAUGAUGUUCGGAGUCACAAGAGCUUGCCAGCAUUGACUGCAUUGACCCUCCAAUCAAAACAGAUAAGAUCACACAAAGUCAUUGCUGGUUUACCCCCCAUCAUAACCUCCAGGUGUAGUUUGAUUGUGAAAGGCACUGGGUGUAAAACUGGCUUCAAGCUGCCACCAAUUACCAAAUCCAAGAAGUUUUGGAUGGAAACGGACCUCCAGAGACCUCCUUGCAGGGCUGGAUGCAGGCCUGAGAAAAGGGAAUUCAAUUCAAAACCCACUCAUGCAUUCAUCCAUCCGAAAAUUGUUCCUGUCAACCAGACAGCUUUGUCUGUCAAGGUGCACAAUGUUGAAGAAAAUGAGCCCUGCAUAGCCACUGCCGGAGCCUCUGGAGUGUCUCCGAGAUCUCGCCUAACUUUCCAAAGUCCUGUAGUGCAGGCAGUGUAUCCUAUCAGUCCUCAUGACGUACAGCAGAUGAGGCAGGCUGACAUAGCGUGCCAGCCCCUGAGGUCUGUGCUGAAGAAAGCUCAUGCAUCAAACGGCCGAGUGUUUGACUGCCCGCUGGCGACCCACCUGUUGGAGCCCUUUUCUGGGUUUCAGGAGCAUCUCUGUCGCCAAAUCCUCCACUCUCCUCUUCCUUAUCGCACGGCUCUACCGCAGCCCCGCGUUCCUUGUCGACAGGAUCAGGUGGAUCUGUUGUCUGCAUGCAGGGGUCCGUACAACUCACUGAUGGAACGCACUGUGGAGCUUUGCAACUCUCAGGGACAGAAGUUUCCCAAGAUAACCAUGACCUGCCCAACACCUUCCCCGAAACGCCUGUGCCGCACAGGGAUGAGACAUGCGGCUUGAGUAAAGAAAGCAGCAAGAUUUAUGUUUAGUUGACUUUUCAAAUCUUGAUUUUUACAUUUGUACAAAAGGACUUACAGUGCAUUCAAACUAUAGUUUUUGUAUGUGCAUUUCCUGGGAAUCGAACCCAUGACCAUGGCAUUGCUACUUUAGCUGAAAUUCUUGACAUAGUCAAAAUUAAUUGACUUACGCUUACAAAAAAGGUGCUUCAAAAACUUUGAAACUUUUAAACUGGAGCUCAUGUGCCUUUUCUGUACACAGUUUUGUGUAGUCAAGACACGGCUGUAUGACAUGUCAUCAUUCAUCUGGUUGCCAUGGAAACGCAAAGGAUCAUUAAGCCAUGUCGAAGCUGGACCCUGGGGUCUGUACUG